AUGGCCACCACAGGUCACCUCUGGGCCUCCCCAUGGGGCACGUUUGUGGGGACCUGGGACAUGCCACGGCGGAUCCCACCAGCCAAGCUGGACCUGACCUCCCGCUCAGCCGCUGCUGCUGCGCGGCUCCUUGACCGGAUCCACCCACCCACCACCUUGACCCGCGCCUGCAACGGCCUCCGGACUGAUGUCACGGGCAAGGUGGGUGCCCCUCACCAGGGCCAGUGCCUGGUGGGGUCCAGCGUAGCCCCCUGA